ACCCACACAGCAAGUUUACGUUGUUAUCUUAAUGUUGACUCAGUUUCAAUGGCUCCAUUCCGAACUCAGCAACAUUUGCAAGUCCUUGUUGAGGACCAAGCAGUUACACGCUGUGCUUUUGAAGACCCAUCUCUCACAAGACCCCUUUUAUGCAACUAAAAUUGUUAGGCUGUAUGCAGCUAACAAUGACAUUAAAUCUGCCUACCAUAUGUUCGACAAAACUUCCAAUCGAAGUGUCUACCUUUGGAAUUCCAUGAUUCGAGCUUUUGCGCAGUCCCAAAGAUUUGCCAAUGCAUUCUCUCUAUUUAGAACCAUGCUUGGGGCUGACAUAAGUCCUGAUAAUUACACUUAUGCAUGUGUUAUUCGUGCAUGCUCUGAUAACUUUGAUUUUGGAAUGCUAAGACUUGUUCAUGGUGGUGCUGUAGCUUCUGGGUUAGGACUGGACCCUAUUUGUUGCAGUGCACUUGUCACUGCUUAUUCGAAAUUGGGCCUUGUUCAUGAAGCGCAUAGAGUGUUCAAUGGGAUCCCUGAACCGGAUUUAGUUUUGUGGAAUUCACUGAUUUUUGGUUAUGGGAGCUCUGGUGUUUGGGAUGUAGGGAUGGAAAUGUUUAGCUCAAUGCGACUUGUUGGGAAGAAGCCUGAUGAAUAUACACUGGCUGGGUUGCUUAUGGGUAUUGCAGACCCUAACUUGCUGAGCAUUGGCCAAGGAUUACAUGGUUUGAGUCAAAAGAGUGGGCUCGAUUGUGAUUCUCAUGUAGGUAGUUUACUGGUGAGUAUGUACUCAAGAUGUAAUUGCAUGGCUUCAGCAUAUAGUGUCUUUUGCAGUAUUUUUAAUCCUGAUUUGGUCACGCGGUCUGCUCUUAUAGCUGGUUAUUCUCAGUCCGGAGAGUAUGAUAAGGCACUGCUCUUUUUUAGGAAAUUAAACAUGGAAAACAAGAAGGCAGAUUCUGUUUUGAUUGCUAGUGUAUUGUCUUCUAUAGCUCAGACGGCGAAUGUAGCACUGGGAUAUGAGAUACAUGGUUAUGUUCUUCGCCAUGGAUUGGAGUCAGAUGUUAAGGUCUCCUCUGCUCUCAUUGACAUGUAUUCAAAGUGUGGUUUCUUGCGCUUGGGAAUUUAUGUUUUCAGGAUAAUGCCAGAAAGGAACGUAAUUUCUUACAAUUCAGUCAUUUUGGGUCUUGGCUUGCAUGGAUGUACUUCUGAGGCUUUCAGGAUGUUUGUUAAGAUGCUGGAGAAAGGAUUGGUGCCUGAUGAAGCCACAUUCACUGCUCUACUUUGUGCUUGUUGUCAUGCUGGCCUCGUCAAACAUGGCCGAGAGAUUUUCCGGAGAAUGAAAGAUGAAUUUAAUAUCAAAGCUAGGCCUGAGCACUAUGUUUACAUGGUGAAGCUUCUUGGAAGUGCUGGGGAGUUAGAAGAGGCUUACAAUCUCACUCAAUCCUUACCAGAACCAGUAGAUAAGGCCAUCCUGGGAGCCUUAUUAUCCUGCUGUAAUUCUUGUGGAAAUUCUGAGUUGGCAGAAACAGUAGCUCAGCGGCUUUUUGAAAGUAAUCCUGCUGAUAAUGCUUACAGGGUUAUGCUUUCUAAUGUAUAUGCUGGUGAUGGGAGGUGGGAUGAUGUGAAGAAGUUGAGGGAUAAAAUUAGUCUGAGAAAAAUGCCUGGACUAAGCUGGAUUGAAGGAAGUUAUUGCUAAUUCUGAAAAACUAGAUAUGCUGCAAAAUUGAUGCACUGUAACAGCUGUUAGAAAUAGAGAAGCUUUUCUGAAAGAUAUCUGAGAAAUAAAAGAACGCAAGGAAAUUUUUGGCUUCUGGAUAUUGAUGAAGAAAAAGAACUACAAUGGCAGAAAUGCAAGAAAGGAAGUAAAAGUACUCAAUAGUCAAUAGUGCCUAUUACAGUAUGAAAAGGUUAAAGAAAAGAAGCUAUAGUGCAGCAGGUUAGGGAGAUGCUGAGCUCUCUAAGUUCCCACUCCAAUUCUCAAUCCCCCCUUCGAAUGCCUCUAUCACCUUUUAACAAAAGCCACCUCAGCAUAUGGUAUUUUUCUCUCUACUAACAGAAUUGCACCCAUUCAGUUAUGUGUGCUGUCAUCUGGAAUAUUCCCUUGUAAGGUUGAUUUACCUUUGCCAAUCAUUCCCCUGUGGCGUUUCCUAUAAUACACCUUCAAAGGUGUCGUAUCACUAUCCAAUCAGGUGCAAGAAAAGGAUAGCUGUUCAAUUCCCAUAAUCCUGCGAUACUUGUGCAUAUUUUGCUAUUUUGUAGUGUUUAUAACUAGGGUUGGUGGUAGUGUCCCUCAAAUGAUAAAAUCUUACGCCAUGUAUUUUAACUGACAUCUUCGAGAAGGUAUUUGCAUUGUAUGCUGUCUGUUAUGAGCAACCUUUUU